AACAUAAUUGAUAGUUACGGUUUUUUGUCUAGUGUUUUUGUUAUAAGGUCUACAAUUAUUGAAGAGUAGGUGAAUUUGUUACUCCUCUUUGUAAAAAAAAAAAUUUAAGUCUAAAGGGACUUCUACCAGAUCACACUUUUUCGCCUAAACAAUAAUCGAUAAGAAUCCAGACAUUAAGAUUACUUUAGCACUAAGUUUAAGGAAAUUUUUUUUUUUUUUUUUAAUCAAAAGCCCAUUUUAUAAAUAUUGUAUUCUGUCAUUAUCAUACGUAUCAAACAAAAAUGUUGAAAUUUGUAUGUUUUUUUAUCAUUUUCGCUGUUGAUACAAAUGAAGUAAACAGCUUAUUUUUUACUACACCUGAUGUAAACCGAACCAUAAUUCUUUAUACUGGUAACUUUUUGAUGAACAAUAUUACAACAGGUGUAAAAUUAUCAAAAGUGGGUAAUAAUUUGAACUUUGAAUGGACGGAAGAAUUCAACAAUAAAAACAAUUCUUUCAAGGCUUACGUAAAUUAUUUUUUUGCAAAUUCUGGAAUACGCGAAAUUGUAACUGUCCCUAAUAUGUGUAACACUUAUAAAGAAGACAGUUUACAAUAUUUUCUUCAACUUUUGAUCUUAAAAGGAUUUGCAAAUACAUUCAAGUGUCCAAUUAAAAAGGGAUCAACGAGCACUUUUGAAAUGCCAUAUACUUAUACGUAUACAACUAAAAAUCAUGCUUGUGGACCCUUUUAUGCAAUGUACAAUAUUUUUAAAUUAAAUCCAAAAAAACCUAAAAUUACUCCAGCACUAUUUGUUGCUACAUUCACAGGACAUAUAUCUGGUGCCAAUUGUUAUCCGAAAAUAAAAUAUAAUCAUUUAAAUUAAUUUUAACUUUAAUAAUUUGUAAUUAUUAUAAAAUAUAAUAAAAUAAACAAAAUAAUAUA